GUAUCCCACCAGUCAAACAGCCGAGCAGCAGCAUCACACACGGAGCUACAAGUGGAGGGCGUUUGUUUUUUAGAUUUUCUUGUGAAUUUGCAAAGAAAAUCUAAAUCUAAAUGAACAUACCUAGUCAUGUUUUCUUGAGAUGACCACGCUACGGAGGCUUUAAUAACGCUGUUUUAGCCCCGGUGGUUCAUUGACUGAAGUUGCCCUGGAUUUGCCUGGUCCCGUGCAAAGGGUUGGGCUGGAGACAUGCACCCUCCAUCUCGGCAGGACUAUGUGGCUAUAACACUUGGACAAAGGGGUGGCAGUUACAACAAUGGUAAACAGUGGAGAAGACAGUCCUGCUGGAGGAAAUGGAAGCAGCUUUCGAGGCUCCAGCGCAGCCUCAUCCUCUUCACCCUGGUUCUGCUGCUCAUUUGUGGAUUCGCCUCAUAUCCAACUCUCACUGAUCACUUCACAGGUGAGGAGGAGACGGUACACCCACUCGUUGCUCAAAUUUUACCAGAGCCGGCUAAGCCGGGCCAAUUCCCCCUACUCCCCCGACCUGAACAACCCUCCAAGAGGAAAUUAUCCAACAAGAGAGGACCACCAUUACUUCAAAAUCUCCAGCCAAAGAAUGCAAAUGCCUCAAACACGGUUGAAGACAAGGGUGGGGAAAGUAAGAAGGAGGGAAACGAGAAAGGAGUCAUCAGUUGGCGCGGAGCUGUGAUCGACACUGAACAAGGAACAGAAGGCGCCAAAGAUGGACCGGCUAAAGAUGACACUGCAGCCAACCAAGAAGCAAAAACAGUCAAGGAGUCGGAAGCAGAUUGGCUGGCGGCGGUGAAGGACUCUUUCAGACAUGCAUGGCAGGGGUACAAGGACUUUGCCUGGGGUCAUGAUGAGCUCCGGCCCAUCUCCAAAUCCUACAGCGAGUGGUUCGGCCUGGGGCUCACCCUUAUCGAUGCCCUGGACACUAUGUGGAUUAUGGGGCUCAAAACUGAAUUUGAAGAAGCAAAAGCCUGGGUGGCCACAGAACUCUCAUUUAACAAAAAUGUGGACGUGAACUUGUUUGAAAGCACCAUUCGGAUCCUGGGAGGACUGCUCAGCACCUAUCACCUGACCGGAGACUCGCUGUUCCUGGAAAAAGCUAAAGACAUAGGCUCCCGUCUGAUGCCCGCUUUCAAAACCUCAUCUAAGAUCCCGUACUCGGAUGUAAACAUCGGUAAAGGCACGGCCCACCCUCCCCGCUGGACGUCCGACAGCACUGUGGCAGAGGUCACCAGUAUCCAGCUGGAGUUUAGGGAGCUCAGCCGACUUACCCAGGACCAGCAGUACGAGGUGGCGGUGGCUGAGGUGAUGAACAAAGUGCAUAAGCUGGAUGGUAAACUGGACGGGCUGGUUCCCAUGUUCAUAAACACAAACAGCGGGCAGUUCACUCACCAGGGCAUCUUCACUCUGGGGGCCCGCGCUGACAGCUACUACGAGUACCUUCUCAAGCAGUGGAUCCAAGGGGGCAAGAAGGAGACGCAGUUUUUGGAGGACUAUCUUCAGGCCAUAGAAGGAGUGAAGAAGAACCUGGUGCAAAAGACUUCACCAAAUGGACUCACGUUUGUAGGAGAGCUUUCACAUGGACAGUUCAGCCCUAAAAUGGACCAUCUUGUGUGUUUCCUUCCCGGGACUCUGGCUCUGGGUGCUCACAAUGGCCUUCCUGAGGACCACAUGGAUCUGGCCAAACAGAUGAUGGAGACAUGCUAUCAAAUGUACAACCAGAUGGAAACUGGGCUGAGUCCAGAGAUAGUCCACUUCAACAUGCACCAGGGCAGCGUACGCGACAUCGAAGUCAAGCUCGCUGACAGACACAACCUGCUCCGACCGGAGACUGUGGAGAGCCUCUUCUACCUUUAUAGAUUCACCAAGGACCGUAAAUACCGACAGUGGGGCUGGGAAAUACUGCAAAACUUUAAUAAGUAUACAAAAGUCUCCUCCGGUGGCUACACGUCCGUCAACAACGUUCGGGACCCGGACUACCCCAGUCCCCGGGACAAGAUGGAAAGUUUCUUUUUGGGAGAGACCCUCAAAUACUUGUACCUGCUUUUCUCUGACGACUUCAACCUCAUCAACCUGGACCAGUACGUCUUUAACACCGAGGCCCACCCCCUGCCCAUAUGGCCUUCCUCUGCCGCGUGAGCCAUGGAUGCACACAGCUAAACCAACCGCACAAACUAAUCUCAGGGUCAGUCCAACAUAGAGGAACAGGAUUUUUUACCCUGGACUCAAACUCAAAAUGCCUGUUUUUUGAGCCAUGGUUAAAAUGACAAAUAUGGCAAAACUGGGCAUCAAAGCAUUGUCAAAUUUUCUUGCCUGAAAUUUUUAAAGGGCCCAUGCUACGCUAUUUUCUGAUCUAUGUUAUAAUGUUUUUCUCGUCAAAAAUAUACCGAGAGUUAUUUUGUUUUAUUGACACGUUUAACGUGUGUCAAUAAAAAAAGAUAGCUGUUAAGUUGAAAAUUAUUGCUUCAUGACCUCACAAGGUGGAACAGAGCAUAUUGAGCUUUGGAGAUGACACACUAAUAAUUAAGGGUUACUCGUGUGAAUGAAACAAAUCACAACUCUGGGCAUGUUUUUUGAGGAUGUAACAAGAUUCUAACAUAGCUAAAAAUUCACUAGUUAAUUUUGCGUAAUAUAGGACCUUUAAAUGUUCACUUUUUCACAGAGGAAUGUGUUGAGUAAUUUCAGCUAAAUUCAGAAAGUGGACUUGAACUUAAGCUGUCUUAAUUGUUUGUAAUGUGAGUGAUGGAGGACCUGCGAAGGUUUUAAGAAAAUUCUAUUUAUGUAAAGUGUAACUGCUGGGAUGUUGGUAAAAGCAUUUAGCACCGUCUUGCUUAUAAAAGAUGAAAGUAGAUGUGGUUUGCCCUACACCCGAUCAUCUGAUAUACUUAAAGGAGAAGUGUGCUAAAUGUAUUAGUAUAUUGGCAUUUAGUAAGUUGUCUGAAGUCCCCUUGGCAUGUCUUGAUUCAGAAUUCCUUAAGUAAGUGGCCUUGAAUUGUUCUGUCUCGGAAGAUAUUAGCAGUAUUAGCCAAAACAACAAGGUAGAAAAGGUUUCAUUUAUUAGACGGGUUUCUUACCUAGCAGAGCAGACAAAAGCUAAGCAGAACCCUUCUAUAGAUGCAGAGAAGAUAACUGGAUUCAGAUAGUGAUGAAAAAGACUGAAUUGUGACCAAAAACUGAAGAAACGACCACAUUUUUAUGUUGAUGUUUGCGUGUUUUUAUCUACAAAUACUAGUAAGUACAUUAACAAUGAGGGUGCUGGUAACCUGAGAGAUUGGUUAUUUCCCACGUCAGCAUUACAUGUUCUGACUUAACAUGUAUGUAAACAAUAUGGCUAAUGCUAAACUAUUGGCACGUAGAAAAUGAAUGCACUAUAUGAAUGUUUCUAAAUUGUUAAAUUACAGACUAUUGUCCAAUUUAACCUGUAACAGAUGUUUACAUUGUAUGGUGUAUGUGGUAGCUGACCCACUAGGAUCCAGUAUUUGUGGUGAAUGCUGUUGUUGUAAUAUGUGAGUUUACUCCCACCUCUGACUAGACAAAAUGACCUAGGAGGUAAAGUGGUUUACUUGAUCACACUUUUAUAUGUAUAAAAAAAAAGAUACAUUGGCUCUAAAUGACAGAGUCUAACCAAAAUGCCUUAAAUUUAAGGCGGGACUACCAGUCAUUGAGUAAACCAGUCAGAGAAAUGUUAACCUGUUCAUUUUCUUCAUUACCUGGAGGGACCAAUGGUAGAUUACAGUAACAAAGCAAACUAAUUGUAGACUUUUUUUUUUUUUGUUAAUGAAUGCCUAAUGAAAUUGUCAGGUGUAGGGCAAACACACAUAAGUGCACAAUCCUUUUAAAACCAGUACAUUCAGCAGCAGUGGUGGAACAUAACAAAGUAAAAGUAGUAAAGUACUGUACUUGGGUACUAAAAGUAAAAAGUAUCCACUUAAAAGUGUACACUUAUUUCACUAUAUUUGAUAGCUUGUAUCAGAACUUUCUACUACGACAUUUUUGAACAGGGCUAAAAAAUGUGUUAUUAUUGUUUGAGACCAGCUGAAAAGGCUGUGGGGUUUAUUUUUAACACUUUCAUAAUUUGAGCAAAUAAAAUACAAAUAAAACCAGCUAGAAAAAAACUAAUUCUAAUGUUUCUAUCAAACAACAUUCAGUACAACAUUUUAUUUUAAGCCUUAUAAGAUCUUAACAUAUGUGCGAAAUACCUUUUACUUUUUACUCUUGAAGUACAUUUUUAAACUGGUACUUUAAUACUUUUACUUAAGUAGAUUUUUUCAUGUGAUAUUUUUACUUGAGUAUUUUUCUCUGGUGUCUGUGCUUAAGUAACAAUACUGAGUACUUCUUUCACCACUGCAGUCAAAGAGGGAAGCCAGUUACACAAAUGUAGCAUCUGGGUUCCACCUUAUCCCAGUUUUUGCCAAGCAGCACAAGUUACUGUGAAGAAUUCUCUCUUCUUUUACAAAUAUUUUAAAAUGUACUCUAAAGUUGCGCUUUUUGUUCUGAGCAGCUGCUAUUUUGAAUGUAAUUUUAAUGUAGUCUGGAUUUGUAGUGUGGAAUUUGCGUUGUCAGAUAAGUUAGAGCUUAAUAUAUUGAUUUGUAGUGUUUGUACAAUGUAAAAUAGUCCGCUAUGAAUUCUUGUAAAUAUCUUAAUUUCACUUCGUCUUUUCGAAUUUGUAUCAAGACCAAAUUUUGUAGUUUGUGCAAACUGUUCCUGAUAUGUCCUUGUUGUGCCUUUAAUGUUGCUUCAGAGACCAUUGACCAUUGUCCUGUUCAUACGAGCUGUUUCUACUGCCACAUUCACAUAGCGCUAUCCAUGGGUUUCAGAAUGAUGAAACAUUAGCUUGGUUACCAUAGUAAUUAACAAUUUAAAAUGAAAUAUAUCCUCUAUUUUGAAUGGAAACAGUCCAGUCUUGUUGCAUCAAACAGAAGCUGAAACCCAUGGAUUAGGGUUGUCAAGAAUAUCAAAAAACAGAUCCUUAUUUAAGCAGGUAUUAAUACUAAAAAUUCACGUUCACAGGACAGAAAUGAACCUUUCCUGAAUAGCUUUAGAAUGAUCUUGAGCUGCGUCAGAAGUAGUACAAGACCACAUAGACUACUAUGGAACCUACCUGUAUGACUUUGAAGGUUACUCAGAUACAAGGCCACAUGGUAAUAUAAAAGAAAGUACUACGAUUUAAUGCUUAAAAUUACAUUCUAUCGUGUGAAGAAAAAGUGUCUUUAUUAUAAAUGUGGUAUUGGGAUCGGUAUUGAGUCUAUUCCUUAAUACUGAAAUCGAGUUUGAAAUUUUAGUAUCGUGACAGUACUAGCAGGGACACAGCAGUUUUAUGCAUUCAAUAUCCAUAAGGGCUCACCAUCUGGUUCCAGUGUAUAUUUCAGCAUAACUUCUGAGCCAAAGAUAUGCUGAACAAUGAUGUUAUACUGGUGUUUAUUAUGAUACAAAGCCAUUUCUCCAAACUUCAGGAAUAAGUGAGAUCAUUUUAGUCCUUUUGAUACAAUUUUAGCUCAGAUAUUUUUAGACUGAAAUGAAUCAAUUGUGUGUUUUUCACAGGAAGCACUGACAAAUGUGAAACUAGUCUGGUGAGCAAUAUGCCUAAAUAUACCAGUAAUAAACUAUAAAUGGCCAUUUGAAGAUGCUACACAAUCUUCUAGGAAUUAUAGAGGCUUAUCAAUCAUCUUGCAUAGGAAUAUAUUUGUGUUCAGCUUUUAAUUCUUUGGAGGGAUUAUUGCAAAUUAUGUUUUGUUGGUGACUCAAUUUUACAAUUAAACUGCAAGUCAAAAUAUAGUAUUGUUUUAUCCUAAACAAUAGGAUAAAUUCCAAUCCAAGUUUACGUUCAUAUUUAAAUAUAUCUACCUGGUUAGACUAUUUGCUCCAAUUAGCCUCCAAUUACCAAGGGCGGCACAAUAUACUUGAAAACGUGUAGAAUUUUGAGUUAUGAAUUAAACAUAAUUUUAUUAUUUAGAGGAUCAGAUUUUUCAGAAUUUCAAAUUUUUGAAAUAAACCAAAUUAAUAAUUUUGUUGUAUAAUUUUGAUUGUGUAGCCUUACCAGAUGCACAGCUGGACUAGCAAAUGAAUACUUGUUUUGACAAACGUGUAUUCCCUUGUAAAAGAUAGUACCACAGGUAUUUUUUUUUGCUUUUACUUUUUCUUCCCAGACUGUUCUAUAGUAAUAGUUCAUACAGUUAUUAACAAUUCAUAUUUUGAUUCAUAAAAUAUUCCCAUUGACUUUUCAUUGUCUGUGACAGCCAUAGCUUCCUGUGACUGCAGCCAUGUGUAUUGUCUGAGGGUGAUUCAUUGGGGCGAAUCCUGGGUUCUGUGCGCUGGGUGGGGGAAAAGUGCUGAAAUUGUAAAUGUUUUGCUAUUUUAAAAUCAAUGAUACAGUUGUACAGUGAAUGUUUUGCUUUAAUUUUGUA